AUGGCGACAAUCAGCCCUAAUAUUUGGAUUGCUGCUUCUGAUGGCAACACUGAAAUUGUAUUGAAACAUUUAAACAGCGGUGUGUCUCCAAAUCAACCAGAUGAAAAUGGGUAUACUGCUAUGCAUGCUGCGGUAUCUUACGGUCAUCGCGAUUUGCUAAAAAUCCUUGUCGAGCAUGGGGGAGAUGUUAACGUUCGUGAUCAGGACGGAGAGACACCCUUAUUCGUUUGUGAAAAGAUAGAAGUAGCUCAAGAUUUAAUCGAAAAAUAUAAAGCAGACGGUUGUGCUAAAAAUAAUGAUGGCUUGAUUGCCGCGCAAGUUGUUGAAGAGAAUGGGGAAUUCCCUGAGCUUGCCUCGUACCUUUACACGUUCAGUGAAAUAGAACCUAAUAAUGGCAAUAUGCCCAAGGAUACAAAGUUAGAAUAUGCUCGUUUCGUAACUCCCCAGGAGAUGGAUGAGGCUGCUGGAGAGCCUUUGCUUGAUCAAAACCGGAAGGAAGAAAUAGAGAGAAUUAUGGCUCUUAGAGAAAGUGGCGUCAAUAUUGAUGACCAGUUACGCGAACUACUUCACGGAGCUCUUUCUGAGCAUUUCGAAAGGAAUGUUCGUUCUCGCGAACAAUAG